GUCACCCCUGCCCGCACUCCUGUCGGCGGCCCGAGCCCAGUCAUCGGGCCCCUGGGCGAGAUGAGGGAGCUCCGCCAGUCUGAGGCAGACCUGCAGGGCCCAGGCCCGGCCCAGGGCCCGGUGGAGGCGCAGCUGUUCGGGGCUGCGGGGGAGGAGCCCGCAUCCCCCUCCUCCCCCUCCGCCUCUUCCCCCUCCUCCUCCUCCUCCUCCUCUUCUUACUAUGUCGUGUUCCCGGGCACCCUGGAGGAGGCGGCUGAUGCUGGGGAACCCAGUCCCCCACAGAGCCCCUCCCCCACUCUCAUGGCCGCCAGUCCUUGGAGCCAAUCUGAAGACGACGACUCCAGCAGCCAAGACGAGGAGGGGCCGAGCACCCAGCAUGACCAGGAAGACGCUGAUCCCUUGCACCUAGACCCGCUGCCACUGAAGGUGGCUGACCUGGUGGCCUUCCUGCUCCUCAAGUAUCGCACCAAGGAGCCGACCUCCAAGGCGGAGAUGCUGCAUAUGGUCCUCCGUGACCAUCAGGACCACUUCCCCGUGGUCUUCAGGCGAGCCUGCGAGUGCAUGCAGCUGGUCUUUGGCGUGGACGUGAAGGAGGUGGACCCCCGCGAGCGCACCUACGUCCUGGUCCCCACCCUGGGCCUCACCUGCGAUGCGGUGCUGAGCGACGGGCAGUGCAUGCCCAAGGCCGGCCUGCUCGUGCUCCUCCUGGGCCUGAUCGCCCUGUCCGGAGAUCGCUGCCCCGAGGAGGAGGUCUGGGGAGCACUCGGCAAGCUGGGGGUGUGUGCCGGGCAGGAGCACCGCAUCUACGGGGAGCCCAGGGAGCUGCUCACCGAAGUGUGGGUGCAGGAGGGCUACGUGGAGUACCGGCCGGUGCCCCACAGCGACCCCGCCCGCUACGAGUUCCUGUGGGGUCCCCGGGCCCACGCGGAGACCAGCGAGUGGCAGGUCCUGGAGCAUCUGCUCUGGGUCAAUAGCUUGGAUCCCAGGUCCUUGGCAUCCCUGUGGGCAGAGGGUGUGAGCGAUGAGGAAGAGGGGGCCUGA